GAGCUACAGGGAGACGAAGUGGAGUCACGUGGAUGACCUCCUCAGUUUCAGCAAGAGCAAGGACUACUACGUAAAGAUUGUCGAUGGCCAAUCUCUUGAAUUAUGAUAUUUACGACUUCGAGCUCAAAACAGUUAAGGAUAACAGGGAGUUGCGGAAGCUAUUGAUCGAGACGACUAGCACAUCUAUCAUCGCGAUGGAGGACAUCGAUUGCUCCCUCGAUCUCACUGGCCAAAGAAAGGAGGCGAGGAAGUCAGCAGACAAUGACGACAAAGAGGGAAAGAAGAAUUGCUGUCCCAUGCGCAAGGAAGAGAGUAUCAAUAGCAGCCAUGUUACUCUUUUGGGACUCCUCAAUUUUAUCGAUGGUCUCUGGUCUGCCUGCGGAGAGGAGCGACUAAUCAUCUUCACCACCAAUCAUGUGGAGAAACUGGACCCUGCUCUGAUUCGGAGGGGUAGGAUGAACAUGCACAUCGAGAUGUCGUACUGCAGCUUUGAGGGAUUCAAAGAGCUGGCCAAGAAUUAUUUGGAUGUAGAGUCACAUAAUCCGUUCGAGAACAUUCGGCAACUGAUGAGCGAGACCAACAUUAUGUUGCGCACCCUUUGGAAACGGAUAUGCAACUCCCUCGAGCAAUAACGCCGGAGCGCCGCUCAAAGAGGGCUCAGGAUCACAAGAUCACUGAAGAAGAAGAAUUUGGUUAAA